AUGGUUUUACAUUUUGAAAGUGUUCAUACGUUUGAUCAUGACUUUGCUACAGCCACCACAGCCUAUUAUAACCGGUACCCUAAUCCUUAUACUAAUAAUGUUCAAUGUAUGGAUAUGCUUGAUUGCCAUGUUGACAGUGACGGGUGUCUUUGGACCACUCGUAUGAUGAAGAAGACUGGCAGGCUACCUAAAUUCAUAAAGCCUAUAUUGGGGAACAGUUUAAGUUCAUGGGUCAUUGAAAAAUCGGUUAUUAACCCUGAAACUCAAACCAUGUGGAGUUAUACAGCCAAUAUGGAUCAUCGAAAGUUUAUUAAAGUUGAAGAAUACGUCAAAUAUCGAGUAGUUGAUGGGAAUAGUGGUCAAACAACUGUUAACUCCAAAGUUAUCUUUCUGUCUAAUUUAAUUGGGUUAAAGCAGAAAGUCGAACAGUGGAGUCACAAUAAGUUUACUCAAAACAUAAAGAAUUCCAGAGAGGGAAUGAUGUAUGUUAUGAAUUCCUUUAAAGAGAAGAGAGAACUAUGGAUGAAAAAUAAUCAAAGUCUAAUAACAUAG